AUGGUCAACCCAACCCAAGCAUUGAGGUACAUCCAAGCUCAGCUCACACUCUAUACCCUCCUAUUAUUUCUUUGUCUCCAACAGAACCCAUAUCUACAGGUCACAAAGGCUAAUUCUAAAGUCGAUGGGUAUGAUAGUGACGCACCCAUAACUGGAGCUGGUAACCGACGAGGCCGCCAGAACUCGGAUGAUUCGACUGCGAGCGAUGCUACCGACCCCAUUCAGGACCUUGUCAACCCUCAGACACUGGCCCAGGGAGACGACCCGUUGAUCGGACCAUCUGCCGCACGUGCACUUGACAAGAAGAAUAAGAAAGACGGGGAUCAGGUUGAGAAGAAGAAUGAUGGAAGCCUGAAUAUCAGGAUUCAUUUGGAUCUGCAUGCUAAAGUCAGGCUGGAUCUAGAGGCUGAUCUGUAUGGUGAUAUUGUGAUUGGAUUACUGUAA